UGUACCAUAGUCCGUAAAGUACAACUUCUAGUUCAGAAUAUGCUAUGCACUUUGACAUGAAAGAGGAUUUAUAGAUCUAUACUAUAAAAUGUGAAUUAUGGGCUUGAGUGUGUUGGGCUACAUCCAGAUCCUCUGACGAAACGGGUGAAGUAAAAUCGUUUCCUUCUCAAAACGCAAGAACAAAAAGGAUAUCAAAAUUCACAGGUCUAAUCCUCUGAACCAAAUCCCAAAUCCGAACAAGUUGCUUUUCAAUCUGCAGAUUUUCCGAUAUAUUGAUCGCAAUUCUCGUUAAACCUUUUCUUCGUAAUCUCUUGCUUGCUUUUUUUUUUUUUGGCCUAUUCCAAUUUUGGUUAUCUCUGUAAAACGAUAACGAAGAAGAAGUAAACCAGAAGCCAAUGGGAAGCCGGAAGUCUUCGUCCAAGAAAAAAUCUUCCAAAAAGAAGAGGCCCAAAAUUUCCUCUAAGAUACGGAAGAGAAAAAGCAGAAGAAACAAAUCCAAGAAGUUUUCCAGUUCUGAGGAUGACACGUCAUUUUCUGCUUCCUCCGAUUAUUCUAGCAGUCCACAGUCUUUGUCCUCCAGUUCAGAGGGUGAUUAUAGUAGGAAAAGUCGUAGGCACUCACGUGAUGUUAAACACGUGAAGAAAAGAACUCGGAGAAGAUCCUCAAGCCGAGAUGUCAAUGAGGGUUCACCCCUUGUAAAGAAAAGAAAAAGGUCAAAUAGAAAGAGUCUUGAUUAUGGGAGGAAAGUGCAGAAGAAGAAGCGACGGAGACAUACUAGUAUUAGCUCCAAAAGCAGUGAUUCGAGAAGUUGUUCUAGUUGUCGAUGUGAAACUAGUAUUAGCUCCAGAGGUAGUGAUUGUACUAGUGGUAGUGAGGAUAUUGAUUUGAAGAGUCCCAGGAUUAAGUCAAGAAAAGGGAUGAAAGAAAAGAGAAUUUGUAAUGAGCCAAGCAUUGAAAAGAGGAGUGGAAGUAGGGGGCCAACUUGUUCUUCAUGUAAUCAUCAAUCAUGUUCUUGUAAUACUACUCACAGUGGGAAGGGAUAUGUGGAAGAGAAUAAUCCUAAGCGCUUAAGAUCUGUUAUUACUGUUCCAGAAAAGACACACGAGAAAGAGGGAGACGAACAGGGAACAGAUAUGCUUAAGGAAGAUAUUUUGAAUAAGCAUCAUGAUUUCCCUUCCUGCAGAAACCAUGACAAUAAUGACCUGGAAAGUAAAAGGAAAUUAGCUUCUUGUUUCUCGUCUAAUCAAACAAUGCAGGUUGAAAAUUUGAUAAUAGCUGAUGCAGUUCCUCCCAAUAGUGAAACUAUUGGCCCCACAAAAGUUGGUGGUGGUAUAGAUACUCAUCCAAAUAAAGUCAAGGAAGUAAGUCACAAUAAUGGAGGUGAGAGUGUGGUUUCUGAUAGUAAUGCUAAUUCAUGUUUCGAGGAUCUUGAGACUCUCUUAAGGAAAAAAGCAUUGGAGAACUUGCAGAAGUUUCGUAAAGAGCUUCAAACAAAUUUGAAAUCUGGUGCCAAGGAAAAGAAGAAUGACAGUGAUGUUAAUCAGUUAUCCCCUUCAAGGACUGAGGUUGCACCGUACAAGUCCCUGGAGCAGGAAAAUAAAGAGGGAUUGGCUUUAAAUCAAGUUAUAGGAUGUAGAAGCAAGCUUGUAACUAAUAAGGAGUUUCCUCAUUCCACUAAGAUUGAGAUAAGUACUCCAGUCGAAAAGAACAACAGAAAAGGAACUGGAUACAUUAAGGAGAGUAUUACGCAACCUUCUGAUAAAUCAGCGCUCUCACAGAGUCUAGAAAAGGAGGACCAUACCACUGCGCCACUUCAUAUCGAUGAACCGGAACCUGGUAAACCAUCAUGUAGUACCACAGUACAGACAUAUAAAAAGGAAGAUCCAUUGGCUUCCAAGAGAAACAUAAAUAAAACACCAGAUCCUUUGAGACCUGGAGUUCUUAGCACUGUGACCAGCGAUAACUUAGGCAUGGGAGCUGUUAAUGCCAGUAUCUGUCCUAAUGUAGAAACUUCUAGUGUCAAAUCCACAUCUGAAGGACUUACUUCAAAACACCAGCCAGAUGGAACCAAGGAUGGUUCUCAGUUCGAACAAAAGACCAUGUCUGUAAUGAGGGGUGGUGAAAUGGUACAGGUAAACUACAAGGUUUACAUCCCUAAGAGGGCUCCUGCUCUAGCCAGGAGACAACUCAAGCGGUGAUGUGAGGAGCAGAUCCAGUCCAAACUUUGGUUGACUCAAGGUUCCAGCGACACACUGGUGAAAGAUUGACUGGUAUAUUUGAUUGACUGAAACAUCUCAACUCUCAAGUAUUGUAUUAUUUUGAUAGGGAGUAGAAGUGAGUUUUUGUGACUCAUUUUGUCUAACAAACUGCUUUGUUUUUACAAUUCGAGAAACUGCUAAUACAUGUAUUAUUAUCAUGAAAAAUAAUUAUUUUUUGGUUUGUUUUAAA